ACUUGCCACCCUUUAAUUCAAAAGCUCACAUUUCCAUAUUUUCUCUCUCUGUCCUUGUCUUUUCUAUGCUCGCUUUUCCUUUACCACCUCCUCCUCUUCCAAUUUUCUUCUCAAACCCUAGAUCUUUUGAGAUCUAGGGUGUUCUUUUCCCCCUUUUCCUUGUUCUAGCAUCGUGGUUUUAUGUUGUUAAGCUUAUAUGUUUGUGUAGUUUAGUUAUUCUGUUUUUUUAUUUUCCUUCACAUUUUUUUCCUCUCAAAAAAGCCUCCUUUUUUGGAUGGUGAACGGGAAACUGCUUGUUGCUUAACAUCAUUUUCUCUCUGUAUUUUACUGGGUUUUGGUUGAAUUUUUUGUUGAGUUGUUUUGAUCCUUGCUUCACAGACUAAACCCCUGUAAAACCCUUCUUCUGAAGUUCACCUAUUGAUAUUUUGAAGAUUUAGGGCCAAAGGCUCUUCGUUUCCUUAUUUAUUUUCAAUUUGUUUAAGUUAAUUGAUAUGAAUGUCUUCUUGUUUCUGUAGCUUUUCCUUUGUUUAAAGAAAAACCCUUGCAAAACCUUCUCGUGAACUCUCAUUUUGGCUUUAUGCUUUGUUUAAUUUCCAUAACAGAUGGUUCAGGUAGAACUUAGAGAUAGAAGGGUCAAUCUUUAGCUAGCCAAGCAAGAGCGAAAGGUAAAGAAGGUGAAGUUGUGCUGUUGUGAUCUUUAGUAAAUGCAUGGAUGGAAGAGAAGCCAUGGCAUUUGCUAGUGGGUCAGCACCAUAUUACAUUCAUAGAGGAGGUGGCGUUGGUGCGACCGGGUCUGGAUCACAAACUGGUGCAUUACAUACCCAACCUGGGUUCAGACCCCUGUCAAGCCCGAAUCUAGCAGUUCAAUCCAAUUUCAGGCCAGGUUCAUCUGGCCCUGCAUUUUCAGCAGAGCCUUCAAAUGCCAAUUUUGGUCAUGGAAUUGAUGUCCCAGUGUCCUCUGGGGUGUCUAUGAGUGAACCAAUGAAGAAGAAGAGAGGGAGGCCCCGGAAAUAUGCUCCAGAUGGGCAAGUUUCUCUUGGAUUGUCUCCCAUGCCGCUAAAGCCCAAACCCUCCUCAGGGCAGGAUCCAUUGAGCCCUAGACGACGCAAAGGGCGGCCACCUGGUUCUGGGAGGAAACAACAAUUGGCUCUUCUUGGUGAUUGGAUGAAUAAUUCUGCUGGACUAGCGUUUUCUCCGCAUGUGAUCAGCGUUGGAGCGGGGGAAGAUGUUGUUGCAAAACUACUGUCAUUUGCCCAACAGAGGGCAAGGGCAGUCUGCAUCUUGUCUGGAACUGGUACAGUUUCUUCAGUAACCUUACGUCAGCCAGCAUCUACGGAGCCAACUGUCACAUUUGAGGGCCAUUUCGAGAUACUAUGCUUGUCUGGUUCUUACUUGAUUGCUGAAGAUGGUAGCCCUCGCGAUCGAACUGGUGGUAUUAGUGCUUCUCUUUCUAGUCCUGAUGGUCAUGUUAUUGGUGGUGGGAUUGGAAUUCUUAUCGCAGCAGGGCCAAUUCAGGUGGUGGCUUGUAGUUUUGUGCAAGGAGGUUCAAAGAGCAAAGAUAGACAUGUUGGGCGCCCCAAACUGAAUAAGGACUCUGCAUCCCAGCCGGAUGAUAAAUCAGCUACCCCAAAAUCUGCUAUCCCUAUGAAUCUACAGCAAAAUUUCACUCCCUCACCGAUGCAUGGUUGGCCAGUUUCACGGUCGGUUGACCUGAGAAAUCCACACACUGAUAUUGACUUGACGCAAGGAUGACUGCUGCAACAGACACAUGGCAAAAUUUUUUGUACAUAUCUGUUGUAUAUGUACUGAAUCUGGUGAUAAGUUUGAGCAUUCGGGUUCCAUCUCCUCUAAAGGGCCAUGUCCAAUGUGUUUGUGCUAACGUAGUUUGUAACAGAAGGCAUCAUUUUAAGACUGCAUAUUCACCAUGGAAACUUGUUGCGAAUUUUUCAGGUAGUCCUAAGUAUUUGGCAGGAAAGAGUUUGGAUUUGUUCAAUUAGCAAGAAAGUUCCUUUAUCUA